AUGAACUUGAAGACUUGUCUUUUGAGCUGCUUAAUCUUUGGAACAUUAAAUGGAAAGAUUUUAAUUCAAAAUUCAGAAAUUCUGUCAUCUUUAAAAGCAAUUCGCGAGGUUGCUGAACAAUUUUACGUCAAAAAUAAGAUCCAGUAUGACUUUGUCUUUAUUGAAGAUGAUAAAAGAACCUUUGAUGAAUUAUUUUAUCGCUUAUCAGCUCAAAACAGACUAAACAACUCUUAUCGACUGAGUUCCUUUUCAAGAAAUUUAAAUGACGUUUUUGGAAUAAUUAACUCAGCUGUUAUCUUCGCAUCAUCUUGUGAAGACCUGCAUUUCAUCAACACUCAUGUUUACUUAGCAAAUCAGUUUACUAAAACUUUCAAGUUCUUGAUCUACCUUGAGGACUGUGGGUUACAUCUUAUUGAUAAUAACAUCGAACAGCUAAUUGUGAAUAAGCAGUUGACAUUCAAGAAAGGAUUGAUUGAGAACUACGAGUUCCUGCUCAUCAACGACAAUAACUUCCUUUACCUUACAACAAUCGAAUGGUUCACAGAGUCAUCAUGCAAUCAGCCACAACUUGUUAUCCUCAACACAUUCAACAAAUUGACACAACAGUGGAGCAAAAAGUUGGAAAAUUAUAAAAAAUUUCAAGACUUUUAUGGCUGUGACUUGACAUUGUGGAUUGCACCGAGUGAGGAGUCUUCUUUGUACUCUAACAUAGAGGUGCUUGAAGACAGCAAUCAAAAAGCUGCUUUUGGAAUCGUUCCACAUACAUUUGCUGGCAUAUCAGAAAAGUACAAUUUUUUACCGAAAUUUCAAAGGUUCGAGGAACAGAAUGGUCGACAAGCUGAAGUUUGUUUCGACAUUUUUCGGCUUAGUUAUGUGAUGGACAUGGGGAUGCACUUUACAGCAUCAUUUAUGGAAAUUCGUGAUGUGAUUGUCACGACUCCUGGAGAGCUGUACACGCCUUACGAAAAACUGUGGCUUCCAUUUGAUGAUCUCACUUGGAAGUUCUUGAUUCUCGUGUUUUGUGUGGCUUUUGCUUUAAUCCUUGUUGUCAAUCAACUCCCACAAAUAAUAAAAGAUGGAAUUUAUGGUGUGAACAUCCAAAAGCCAGCACUAAAUGUCAUUAGUACAUUCUUUGGCAUAGCACAGUACAAAGUCCCACUAAAAAAUUUCCCAAGAUGCCUGCUAAUCAUCUUUGUAUUCUUUUGUUUGAUCUUUCGGACAUGCUAUCAAAUGACUAAAAGUCAAGAAUUUUAUUCAUUUUCAAAAGGUUUAAAGGAAGUCGUUCAAGAAUUUUACAUUAAAAAUGAGAUCCAGUUCGACAUUGUUGUCAUUAACGACCGAAUAAAGAAUCAAUUUGAGCUAGAUUUCUUGAUUAAAAAUUACGGCACAUUGACUCAUCGACUUAGUUCAAUUCCUAACAAGCUUAAUGGAAUCUUUGUUACUACUAACUCAGCUGUUAUCCUCGCAUCAUCAUGUGCAGACUUGAAUUUCAUCAAUUCUAAAGUUUUCUUAGCGAAUCAGUUUACAAAAAGUUUCAGAUUUUUGAUUUAUAUUCAAAAUUGCAAGCUGAACAACCUUCAAAAUUACAUCGAGUAUCUCGUAGUUAAGAAGCAGCUGACAUUUAAAAAAGGAUUGAUUGAGAACUACGAGUUCCUGCUCAUAAACGACGGCCACUAUCUAAAGCUUACAACAAUUGAAUGGUUCACAGAAUCAGCAUGCAAUCAUCCACAACUUGUCAUCCUCAACACAUUCAACAAAUUGACACAAAAAUGGUCGAAAAAAUUGAAGAUUUAUGAAAAAUUUCAAGACUUUUAUGGCUGCAACUUGACAUUGUGGGUGGCUCCAGACAUAAAAUCAUCACUUUUUGCAAAUAUAAUUAUAAAUGAUGAAAAUCAUGAAGGACGCGUAGUUGGACUGAUUCCACAAAUAUUUAUUGAUCUGUCUCAAAAGUACAAUUUUGUUCCAAAAUUUCAAAGGUUCGAGGAGGAAGCAGGUCACCUGGCUGAAGUUUGUUUUAAUGUUUUUCGUCCCAGUUCAGUAUUUGACAUGAAGAUGCACUUCACUGUAUCAUUUUUGGAAAUUCGUGAUAUUAUUUUGACUACUCCUGGGGAGCUGUACACGCCUUAUGAGAAGCUCUGGCUGCCAUUUGAUGAUCUCACAUGGAAGUUCUUGAUUUUUGUGUUUUGUGUAGCUUUUGCUGCUAUAUUAGUAAUUAAUCAGUCACCAAAACUAGUGCAGGAAGGAAUUUACGGUGUGAACAUCCAAAAACCAGCACUAAAUGUCAUCAGCGCGUUUUUUGGCAUCGCACAGCAUAAAGUUCCGAGGAAAAGUUUUCCACGUUGCCUUCUCAUCAUCUUUGUGCUUUUUUGUUUGAUUUUUCGGACUUGCUAUCAAAGUAAAAUGUUUGAGUUUAUGACAACUGAGCCUAGACAUCCAUCACCAAAGAGUUUUCAGGAUUUAAAGAUCAAGAACUACACAAUGUAUACUAACAUAAGUCCAAAGAUUGUAGAUAAAAUGAUUAACGAAGAUAAAAAUGAACUACCUGUAAUUAAGCAGUCAUCCUACGAUGAACUUGAAUACCUGCUUACUACCCAAUCACAAAAUUCAUCAGCUAAAACAUCGAUGAUCAUUCAAUCAAAUACUUAUAGUUACUAUCAGUCUUUGUUUGGUAAAUCAUUGCGUUGGCAUCAACUUAAAAAUGUCAAUUUUAAGGUCAGUCAAAUAAGCUUUUUCUUCUUCAUUAAUAACUAUUUUCUACAAAUAAUUGACAAAGAGACACAACGAUUGACGACAGCUGGAAUCAUAGAUUUCUUAAUGUUGGAUCUAAUGAGAGGAAAACUCGUUUAUGAAUCAAAAAAAGAAUGGACAGUUUUGACGUUUGAAAGAUUACGUUUUGGGUUUGUAAUUUGGUUGUGGUCGUGUGCAGGAACUGUCAUAAUUUUCCUAAUUGAAUCAUUGUUCUGGAUAUCCAAGUGGAAAAUUGAAAGAUCCUUAAUGACAGAUUCAAGAUAUAAGUGCAAUAAACACUCAAAAGUCCAUCCAAUUCAAGACCAAAUAAGAGAUGAGAAGCAUCCUUAUAGAAAUGAACAUAAAAUUUUGUUUGACUUGUGGCUGAAAAGGACAUUUGUAAUUGCAAACAAAUAAAAACAAUGAGUUUAAAUAAAGACAACACGAAGACAACAAGAAGACUAUAAAAGGAUAGCACGAAUAAAACACGAAGACGAAACGAAGACAACUCGAAUAAAAACACAAAACAACACUAAGAAUAUACAACAAAGAACAAGCUACAAAGAAAAAACUACCAAUAAAAGAUACAAUUACAACAUUAAAUUAACUUGUGAAUCUAAAAAGAUAAAACAUUU